AAGGACGUUCCUUUACACUGUACCAAACAUGUCCUGUCAAUGCCGUUAAUUUAUUACCAGUUUUCACUGACAUUUUUUGUGGAGUGUACGCUCGGUCCAAUCAGAUUUACACACUACGAAUCAAGACCAGCCAGGCCGGAAUACUCACUGACUUCCGUCCGUGAUCUUCCUUCCGCCUCGGAGCUUCAGCGUGAAAUAGGAAGCAAUUCACAACGAGAAGUUUCCUGUCCUACCAAUCAACUUGUUCAGAAUUCUUCCACGGGCAGUCUCUUCUGGACACCGGACGUAAGGAUGCCGCCUAAGAAGAGAUCGCAGACGUCCUCGGCCGGCGAAGGUGCAGACAAGCGGUCCAGGCAGAGCAGCCCGUCGCAGCAGCAAGGGACUUCUGCUCCUUCGCCCGAGAGGUUCUGGUGCCGGGACUGCGGCAAGGACGCCACGGAGGAGUGCGGCGACCUGGGCCACACGCUGUGGUCGCAACGCAAGCGCCGCGCGGGGCAGGCAGUGCCCAAGCUGCAGCGGCUGCAGAACGCCGCGGCCUCGGCGCGCCAGGUGGUGCAGGCUCUGCUGGACGCCAGGGACGCCGUGGAGGCCCAGCUGGAGGCGUGGCGGUCCAGGCUGCGCCGCGUCGAGGAGACCGAGAAGCAGCUGUGGGCGGCGGCGGAGCAGGGCGGCGACCUGGAGGCGUUCCAGCUGGAGGGGCUGGAGCAGCUGCACGAGGCUGCCGUUCUGCUGGCGGACCGGAGCACGCUCAGCCUGCAGGUCGCGCAGGCCGGUGCGGACUGCAAGUGGAAGGCCGACUUGCCGCUGGAGGCUGCCCUGCGCACCGCCUUUAACCCACUGCUGCUGCUGCUGCACCAGAACGGCGGUCUCGUCAGGGUGUUUCAUCCCGACGAGUGUUUGGACGUCCUCGAACUGAGCCAACAGCAAGAACAUUGCCAACUACUCAAUGACGUGCUGCAGAAGCCCGGGCUUAGCAAGGUAAAGAAACUGAGCGGAUUGCACUGCCAAAUGCAACCCAACUGGAGCAAGCUUCUACUGCAGCGUGUGGCGCCGCACGUAGAAUGGCUCAGGGUUGUGUACGCGCGCCGGGAACACCUGGACGUGAUCCGAGACAUGCCAGCGCUGCGGUACCUGCAAGUCCUUACUUCGAAGGUCAUGUCCGAUGACCAUGCCCCAGAACUGCCGCUGCAACUGGUGGACCUGACAGUGGUGAACGUCUCCAAGCAACACCUGCUGUCGGUGCAGCGCAUGCCCAACCUGCGCAAGCUUGCCUUGACUUGGCAUUCUCGUCCGCUGGACGAGACGUUUCCCCCGCUGCCGCAGGGCCACCGCGGCCUGCAGUGGCUGUGGGUGGGUCUCCGCCCGUUGUCCACCGUGCUGUCGCUGGCCGAGGCCCACGCCGCCACGCUGCAGGAACUGCGAAUUUUGUGCGCCUCGGAGGGGGACUCGGAGUGGCACUUCAAGGACCUGGCGGAGGGGCUGCGCCAGUGCGGGCUGGUGGCGUUGAGGCGUGUCGUGCUGCUGCGCGGGGUUGCUCCAACCUUCCCCAACAGCAAGCUGCCCCACACCAAGGACACUUGCAGGAAGCAGAAGAAAUCCGUGUGGGACAAACUGCUGCUGGUCGCGACUGAUGAGUCCGUUAAGGCUGUGGAGGUCUUCUGCGGAGAAUGUGACAAGUUCCCUGCUUAUCCGUAUCUAGGCAACUUCGAAAUGUUCCUCGACACAGAGAAAAGUGGAAGCACUGCGUGAGACUCGCGUUUGACUCGAAUUGUCUAAAUCAAAAAGUGCGCAGUGGUUUAUUGCAAUGCUGCGUAGCCCGUAUCCUCUCUAUUAUCUUGGCGGCGUUUUGCAUUGACAUUCAUGUUGCUUGGCUCGGCGCAUGUUCGUUCUCAAGAUCAACAGGCACUGGACUCAAGUAAAUCCAGGCUGGGACUUUUUCGUCAAGUCAACGAUGAGGUUUAAAGGAUUCUCCCGGUGUUGAAACCAAAGGACUUCUUUCUUUUGUAUGGAACAGUCGUAAAUUUAGUAAUCAGAGAGAAAUGUUGCAAAUUUUAUUCAAACAUGUUUUUAGUAAUCCAUUUUUCCUUCAGGGUGUAACGCUUUGGUUGUGUGUGUGUACAAAUGAUUUAAUAAUUGAAUCCUCAUUUCUUUUAACGACUGAACACUCAGAUUUAAUUUCUGUUAAUUUCGUUAGACGAAAAGGUUUUGUCAACUUCUGACGAUGAGAGGCACUGUUGAAGCCUGGCGAGAAGCUGCUGUGUUUGAUUGGACUGGUUUUCCCCUCGACUGCCAAUGUUGGAGUCGAAUUGGAACAGGAUCACCAGGAAGGUCACAUCAGAACCAAUCACCUGCUCUACAAACUCAAGUGUGUACAUAGUACACUCCACCUGGAGUGUACAUGCAUGUACACUUCAACCUGGAGUUUACUUAGCAUGUACACUUCACCCUGGAGUGCACUUGGCAUGUACACUCCAGGUUGGCGUGUACUUGCCAAGUACAUGCCAGGUGGCUCAUACCUCCAGCAACAGUGUACCUGAAGGUACACGCCAACCUGGAGUGUACAUGCCAAGUACACUCCAGGUUGAAGUGUACAUGCAUGUACACUGCAGGUGGAGUGUACUAUGUACACACUUGAGUUUGUAGAGUGAACAAUACAAUAAAAAGGUAUUAUGAUCAAAUAUCGUCACUUUCAUUGAUAAUCAUUGCGAGGGGGAAUUCACUCAGCAUGUGACGCCUG